UCUUUGGUUGCCAGUUUUGGUGGUCGGGCUCAUUGGUUAUUAUCACUGUCAAAGCUCCUCUGGUCAUGUACCCAACCAUCCCUCUGGCCCUGGAUCUCACCUGGUGAAACAGAAUCACCUGAGCAAGUUAUUUUAGCCCCCGCGGGAUUCAGGCUUUGGACUCAGCUGAGAUUUCUGCCAUGUUGCGUUGCGUUCUUCAGCGGGCCAACAACCUGAGACACUCUGACCCCCUGGCUAGUGUCACCUUCAGAGGGUCCAAGAAGAAGACAAAGGUUAUCAAGAACAACCCUAACCCUGUUUGGAACGAGGGUUUUGAAUGGGAUCUGAAGGGGAUUCCUCUGGACUCUGGAGCAGAGCUGCACUGUGUCGUCAAAGACCAUGAGAAGAUGGGGAGAAACAGGUUCCUGGGCGAAUGCCGGCUGGCUCUCAGAGACGUUCUCAACUCUCCCAGCCUGGCCGCCACCUUCACCAUCUCCCUGCUGGACACCAAGAGAAACAACACAGGGGCCACGCUGACCCUUCAGGUUUCCUACAUCCCUCCUCCGGGAUCGGCUCCCAUCUUCCAGCCUCCUCCCCAGCCCGAGGCUCUUCCCCAUAACAACCCCACUCAGGAGCUGGACACUGUCACGAUGAUCUCUCUGGAUACGUUGGGUGAGGAGGAUACGGAGAGUAUGAUGAUGCUGGAGACCACAGAAGACCAGGGGCCCGACGACGGACGGUCCAUGGUCAUCGUCGGUCCUCAGGGACCCCCGGGCCGGGAGUCUCCCACCGCCCAGACACCCAAACGUUCGCCGCCGUCCUACAACACCCAAGGAGGUCUGAGGAAGAGGAGGAGAGGAGCCAGCAGUCAGUCCAAACCUCUGCCUAACAAACCACAGGACCUACAGGUUCGUGUGCGAGUUAUCGAGGGGCGACAGUUGCCGGGCAUCAACAUUAAACCUGUCGUCAAGGUGACGGUAUCCGGGCAGACGAAGAGGACCCGCAUCAGAAAAGGCAACAACCCGUACUUUGAUGAGACGUUCUUCCUGAACUUCUUCGAGACUCCGUCAGACUUGUUCGAUGAGCCGAUCUUCAUCACUGUGUGCGACUCUCGCUCUCUCAGAACCGAUGCUGUGAUUGGUGAAUUCAAGUUGGAUGUAGGCACCGUCUACAAUGAGCACCGACACUGCUUCUUGAGGAAAUGGCUGCUGCUGUGCGACCCAGACGACCUCUCCGCCGGGGUCAAAGGUUACCUGAAGGUCAGCCUGUUCGUCUUGGCAGCUGGAGACGAGCCACCGGCUGAUAGGCGCGAGUGUGUGGAGGACAAAGAGGAUAUCGAGGGGAACCUGCUGAGGCCGGCUGGUCUGUCUCUGAGAGGAGCCACUUUCACCCUGAGGAUCUUCAGAGCCGAAGACCUGCCGCAGAUGGACGACGCCUUCAUGGAUGGGAUGAAGCAGAUUCUUGGGUUUGACAGCAACAGGAAGAACUUGGUGGAUCCUCUGGUGGAAAUCCACUUCGCUGGCAAAACAAUCUGCACUAAGAUUCUGGAGAAGAACGCCAAUCCCCAGUGGAACCAGAGUCUGGCCAUGCCUAUUAGGUUUCCCUCCAUGUGCGAGAAGAUGAGGAUCAGAAUUCUGGACUGGGACAGAGCCAGUCACAACGAUGUCAUCGGCACCACCCACCUCUGUAUGUCUAAGGUCUCCGCCCCCGGAGGAGAGAUAGACGACGACUUGACUCCACGGACCGUCCACUCCGGCAUGGACGACAGUCUUGGUUUCCUGCCGACAUUCGGUCCGUGUUUCGUCAACCUGUACGGCAGCCCCAGAGAGUUCACCGCCUUCAAUGACCCCCACGAGGCUCUAAACCUCGGAAAAGGGGAGGGUGUCGCGUACCGAGGUCGAGUUUUACUGGAACUGACCACAAAGCUGGCGGAAAAGCCGGAGCAGAAAACUGAAGACAUCCCAUCGGAUGACCUGCUGGUGGUGGAGAAGUUUCUCCGGAAGAGGAAGUUCUCGCUCUUCGUGGCGUUUUACUCGGCCACGCUCCUCCAGGACGUCGACGACGCCAUCCAGUUCGAGGUCAGCAUCGGCAACUACGGCAACAAGUUCGACUACACCUGCCUCCCACUGGCCUCCACCACCCAGUUCAGCAGGGCUGUGUUUGAUGGUUGCCACUACUACUACCUGCCGUGGGGAAACGUGAAGCCGGUGGUGGUUCUGUCUUCAGAGUGGGAGGACGUCAAACCGAGGAUCGAGGCUCUCAACAUGCUGCUGGCGAUCAUAGACAGACUGGAGGCGAACCUGCAGCGGGUGCAGCUGGAUGUGAACGCAGGCAGCGAGCUGGAGGAGGUGGAGCUCCGAGUGGUGGAGCUGUUGGAUCAGGUCAUCACAGACUGCAGUGAGGAGCUGCCCUCUCUCGACCAGUGGCAGUGUGCGACGCCUCUCGACCACUCGUUGCGGCACAUCCGCACUCUGCACCUGCAGCAGAUCGUUGCGGCGGCUCUCGCUCUCAAACACGGGCCGGCCACCGAGCUGUCCACGGUGCUGGAGCAGGCUGAGGACUGGGCCAACAGGCUGAGGACCAUGGCCGAGGAGCCUCAGAACAGUCUCCCAGACAUAGUGAUAUGGAUGCUGCAGGGCGACCGCAGGGUGGCGUACCACCGCAUCCCCGCACACACUGUCAUCUUCUCCCAGGAGCAUUGUGGGAAACACUGUGGACAGCUGCAGACUGUCUUCCUCAAGCACCCACAAGGCACAGGUGGAGAAGCCAAACUUCCUGGUCAGCUGAGGGUCAAAGUCUGGUUCGGAUUGGCUGCAGACGUCAAACAUUUCAACCAAUACGCUGAAGGAAAACUGUCAGUUUUCGCUGAGACGUAUGAGAACCAGACCCGGCUCGCCCUGGUGGGCAGCUGGGGAACUACAGGUCUGACCUACCCCAAGUUCAGUGACGUCACCGGACGAGUUAAACUCCCCAAAGAGAGUUUCAAACCGUCGCCCGGCUGGAGCUGGGCUGGAGACUGGUACAUCAGCCCCGAGAAGACACUGUUGUUCGAUGUGGACGCCGGUCACAUGACCUUCACUGAGGAAGUGUUUGAAAACCAGAUGAGGUUACCAGGCGGACAGUGGAUCGGCAUGCCGGAGGGAUACACAGAUGUGAAUGGGGAGAAGGCGGUGCCGAAGGACGAGGUGGAGUGUCCUCCGGGCUGGGUGUGGGAGGAGGUGGAGUGGAGUGAAGAUCUCAACAGGGCCGUGGACGAUCAAGGCUGGGAGUACGGUAUCACCAUCCCUCCAGACCGCCGCCCCAAGUCGUGGGUGCCGGCAGAGAAGAUGUACCACACCAACCGACGUAGGCGGUGGAUACGGAUGAGGCGGCGAGACCAACAGAAGAUGGACGCUCUCAGAAAGCAGCGUCCGGACGAGACGGAGCGGGAAGGCUGGGAGUACGCCUCGCUGUUCGGCUGGAAGUUCCACCUGAAGCCCAGGAAGACGGACAGCUUCAGGAGGCGCAGGUGGAGGUACCGCAUGGAGCCUCUGGAGAAGACGGGGCCGGCCGCCAUCUUUGCUCUGGAGUGUUCUCUGAGCAGCAUAGAGGACAAGAACGACGACAAGUCCGUCACAACCACAUUCGGAGUCAACAGACCGACCAUUUCCUGUUUCUUUGACCGUGGCACCCGUUAUCACCUGCGCUGCUACCUGUACCAAGCCAGAGACCUGGUGGCCAUGGACAAAGACAGUUUCUCAGACCCCUACGCCAUCGUGUCGUUCCUCCAUCAGUCCCAGCGGACGGUGACGGUGCGCAACAGUCUGAACCCCUGCUGGGACCAGACGCUCAUCUUCUAUGAGUUGGAGAUUUUUGGCGACGCCGAGGCCGCGAUGGCCAACCCUCCCAACGUCGUGGUGGAGCUUUACGAUCAGGACACAUACGGAGCAGAUGAAUUCAUGGGCCGCUGCGUGUGCCAGCCCACCUUCACCCCCUCCCCCCGUCUGGCCUGGUUCCCGAUCCGCAGAGGGGACAAGAACGCCGGCGAGCUGCUGGCCGCCUUCGAGCUCAUACGCAGGGAAAAGCCAGGAAUCCACCAUAUUCCAGGUCAAGAGGGAGACAUCAUGGCCACCACCCACGUUCUGGACGAGUUGAUGUUUUCAGGAUUCCUCUCUGAAAACCUGCAGCAAUGGCCGGACGAGUCGGACCUUCCGUACCCGCCUCCUCAGAGGGAACCCAACGUCUUCAUGGUUCCUCAGGGAAUCAAACCUGUUCUGCAGAGAACCGCCAUUGAGAUCUUAGCGUGGGGCGUUCGUAACCUGAAGAGUUUCCAGAUGGCCAGCGUUACCUCCCCCAGCCUGCAGGUGGAGUGCGGCGGCACCAUGGUCCAGAGCUGCGUCAUCCGCAGUGUGAAGAAGAAGCCCAACUUUGACGUCAACAUGCUCAUCCUUGAUGUGAGACUUCCCCGCGAGGAGCUCUACAUGCCGCCGAUCGUCAUCAAAAUCAUUGAUAACCGUCAGUUCGGGAGGAAGCCGGUGGUCGGUCAGUGCACCAUCCGCUCGCUGGAGGAGUACCGGUGUAACCCGGAGGAGGAAGGAGCGGUGGUGACGGAGGACGAGGAGGAGGGAUGGAGACGUGACAUGCCUCACUUUUCUGGGGAGGUUUUUAUUGACAUCGAUGACGAGCAGCCGCUGGUACCUGACCAGCUCACAGAUGGAGCCGGUUCUGCUAUCAUUAACCUUUCAACCUCUAGUUCCAGCCUUCAUGAAGAAGAGUUCAUGGACUGGUGGAGUAAGUUCUACGCCUCGACGGGAGAGAAAAACAAGUACGGGACGUACCUGGAGAGAGGCUUCGACACGCUGAAGGUGUACGACCAGGAGUUGGAGAAGCUCGAGGGUGUCGAGGGUCUCUCCGAUUUCUGUCAGACGUUCAAGCUGCACAGAGGACGGACUCAGGAUGAAGGAGAGGAUCCAUCAGUGGUGGGAGAGUUCAAGGGUAUGUUUAAGAUCUACUCCCUGCCAGACGACCCCUCCGCCACGGUCCCCCCGAGGCAGUUCAGGAAACUUCCUCCCAACGGCAUCGAGGACUGUCUGGUCCGAGUCUACAUCAUCCAGGCUCACGGGCUGCAGCCCAAAGACGCCAACGGGAAGUGUGACCCCUAUGUGAAGAUCACCUUGGGGAAAAAGACCAUCAACGACCAUGAAAACUACAUCCCCUGCACACUGGACCCUGUGUUCGGAAAGAUGUUUGAGUUCGCCUGCUCCCUCCCCCUGGAGAAGGACCUGCGGGUGAUGCUGUACGACCACGACAUGCUGACCAAAGACGAGAAGAUCGGGGAGACUGUGAUCGACCUGGAGAACCGCUUCCUGUCCAAAUACGGCGCCCUGUGCGGCCUGCCGCAGUCCUACUGCGUCUCGGGGGUGAACCAGUGGCGAGAUCAGCUGACCCCGAGGCAGCUGCUGGACAGAGUGUGUGAGCGGCGGAACCUGCGGAAGCCGGUCUACCAGGACGACGUGGUCCACUUCAGGGGAGACCAGUACACCGUCGCAGACCUGGAGGACAAACACGAGUCCAAACAUCACCUCGGUCCAAUUAAAGAGCGACUAUCCCUCCACAUCUUGAGGAAACUGGGGUUGGUACCUGAACAUGUGGAGACCAGGCGGCUGUACAGCCCAUUACAACCUGACAUAGAGCAGGGGCGUCUGAUGAUGUGGGUGGACAUGUUCCCCAAGUCCCUGGGACCGCCUGGACCCCCGUUCAACAUCACGCCACGCAAGGCGAAGAGGUUUUUCCUGCGUUGCAUCAUCUGGAACACGAGUGACGUCAUCCUGGACGACCUCAGCCUCAGCGGGGAGAAGAUGAGCGACAUCUACGUGAAAGGCUGGCUCGACGGGCACGAACACAACAGGCAGAAGACCGACGUCCACUACCGCUCUCUGGGCGGAGAGGGAAACUUCAACUACAGGUUCCUGUUCCCCUUCCACUACCUCCCCGCAGAGCGGCUGUGUGUCGUCGACAAGAAGGAACACUUCUGGAGUGUGGAUAAAGCCGAGACUAAACUGGCUCCUAAACUCACCAUCCAGAUCUGGGACAACGACAAGUUCUCCUUCGACGACUACCUCGGUCACCUGGUGAUGGACCUGAACCACAUGCUGCGUCCGGCCAAGUCUCCGCAGAAAUGUAACCUGGAGCUCCUGGACCAGCCGGUGGACAAGCUGGUGUCUCUGUUCGAACAGAAGACGGUCAAAGGCUGGUGGCCCUGCACCUGCGAGCAGAGCGGACAGAAGAUCAUCGCUGGGAAGGUGGAGAUGUCUCUGGAGAUCGUGACGGAGCAGGAGCAGGAGGAGCGGCCGGCCGGCGUCGGCAGAGAUGAGCCCAACAUGAACCCACACCUGGAGGAACCUCAGCGUCCUGAGACCUCCUUCCUCUGGUUCUCCUCCCCCUACAAGACCCUCAAGUUCAUCCUGUGGAGGCGCUUCAAGUGGUUCAUCAUCCUCUUCAUCAUCCUCUUCUUCCUCUUCCUCUUCCUCGGCGUCUUCCUCUACUCCUUCCCGAACUACGCUGCCAUGAAGAUGGUGGGACCUUUUGGACCGGCCAAGGCAGCGGAGUGACGAUGGAGGAGGAAAACGAGACACGAAC